GCGGUACGGGGGCGUGUGCCUGCGCGCAGUCGCGCGUGGGGCUGCAGGGGCUCCAUCUUUUGGCUGGGCCCGAGGCGGCAGAUAGCGGUCGCCCAGCAAGUGAGGCAGGUGAGGAUUAGCAGAUGUCGCUGUUGCUCUCGCCUCUUCGCAGUGCGUGGCCUGGGGCCCCGGACCGAAGCGCAGACAUCUCUGUGAGCCGGACGCGGGCCGAGUCCUUGCCUAGCAGUUCCUUGGGUUCCCUGCGUGUGGUGCGUGAUUCUGCGGCCGCGGCCGCGAGGACCCUGCCGACGCCGUCCCGCGCCGCGCGGUCCCCACAGCCGGCUGCCGCGAGGGAAGCGGCGCGGCCGAGCCCGGGCCCGUGGCCAGCCUGGCUUUGUCCGCAGCGGCCGUGCGUCGUCGCGUGUGGGCGCCGCAGCCUGGGUUUCUGGGAGUUGCGUUGUUCUCAGCGGGCCGACUUGGGGCCCUUCCAGCUACGGCAAGCUUGUCGCCUGGGCUCUGCUGCGGUGAGGGGGAGGAUCCCUGGGGAACAGGAAUGUCUCCGGGAGGACGGACGACCCCCCAGCCUCUGGCUUCAGAGAAGGGGCUGAAGAGAUGCGGAAAAGGAGCACAUCGCCCAGAGGGCCGAGGCUUGAGUGAUUUCGACACAUUCGGAAGCUCUUAGAGACAGCGAGUCACUUGGCAAAGAGAAGGGAGCUGGGGUGAGAGUGGUGGCCAAGGGCCAAAUGGAGAGAGAAAUGUCUUCGUCGGCGAGGAUUCCACGGGAAUAUUUUAUUUUUACCUCAUGCUAAACAGCACCCCGCAGCCAUCCUUCCGUCAUUCUUUACUAAUGCUUUCCAGAGGCUGAACAGAGAUGACCAUUGCCGUGUCUGGCAUUAGAGAUGUGCUGUGUGCACUCUUUGCUCAUCUCAUCGAGUCAAAAGAAGUCAUAACACAGGGAGGUGUUGCCAGGAUUUUCUAUUUUUGUUUCAUUUGAAAGAAGGAAAUAAACAAUGGGCCUGAAAGGGGAAAUGACUUGUCUGGGAUCAGUAAACAUGAAUAGAAGUCAGAGUCCCUGACUCUGGAUUAAUGCUAUCCACCCAAGCAAAUUGAAAUAAGUUUCCUGUUGAAAGCUCCUUUUGAGAAAAUGCGUCCAAAGAAGAAGAGACAGUUUUUUAAAAGACUUAUGCUUAAAAUACCUAUCCCUAUUUCCAAAGCGUCAUGUGGAUUCUUUGAUUCAGGAAUUCACAUUAUUGUGGCAAAGUAGAUGUACAAAACAACCUUGAAGUGGAUUCCUGCCCCUUACCAACAUCAUUUUUAAUGAAGGUCUGGUAUUUCAUAAAUCACUGCAGCCUUCAACUCCCAGUCUCAAGCAAUCCUCUGCCUCAACUUCCUGAAUAGCUACAGGUAUGCUCUUUUGGAGAACAGGUUUCUGUGCUCUUAUAGGAGUACUAGAAAAUGAACAAAUCCCAGACAUGUACUGUUCAGGGAUCUGUGUCAUUCAAGGAUGUAACUGUGAACUUCACCCGAGACGAAUGGCUACGACUGAAUGGUACUCAAAAGACCCUGUACCGUGAUGUGAUGCUGGAGAAUUACAGUCACCUGGUCUCCAUAGGAUAUUACAUCGCCAAACCUGAUGUGAUUUUCAAGUUGGAGCAAGGAGAAGAGCCAUGGACAUUAGAUGGAGAAUGCCCAGGCCAGGGUUAUCCACAAGUCCAGAAAUUAAAUGACCUGAUAAACAGAAGCCAGGAAAACCAAGAUAAACAUUUGUGGGGCAGUUCACUCCUCAGCAACAAUACAUUCACUAAGAAGAGAAAGAAUGUUUUUGGAAGAGCACUUAAUCUGGGUCCAAACCAAGUUUCUUCAAGAAAAACACCCUCCCAGUAUGACUUAUGUGGAAUGAGUUUGAAAUAUGUUUCAGAAUCAAGUAUUAGUAAUAAAAAUUAUGCAAGUAAGAACUCUAAUGAAAUUAAUGUAUGUGAGAAGCUGCCUUUUGAUAAUCAAGAAAAGACUCACAUGGGAAAGAAAUGUGAUGAAUAUAACCAAGGUGGGAAAUCCUCAAGUCUUAAUGAGCACUUUAUUGAACAACAGGAAGUCAAAAUUUGGGGACCUCCUUUGGAAGAUAAUGAAUGUGGAAACACCUUCCCUGAGAAGGCAGCCAUCAUAACACAUAAGAUGUCUGAACUAGGAGAGAUACUCUGUGAUUCUAAGGAGCAUGGGGAAAAUGUCAGUGCCAUGUCAACCCCUAUAGUUCAUCAGGAACCUCACACAAGGAAGAAUCACUCUGAAGUUAAUGAGUGUGAGAAGUUAGUCCUCUUUAAACAUCAGAAAGUUAAUACAGGACAGAAAACCCAUGAAACUAAUAAAAGUGAGAAUUUCAGCAAGAAGUCACAUCUUAUACAACCUCAUAGGACUCACACAGGAAAGAGAAUCUUUGAAUGUAGCCAUUGCAAGAAAUCUUUUUGCCAGGAGUGCCAUCUCACUCAACAUCACGUGACACACAUAAGAGAGAAACCAUGUGAAAGUAAUAAAUGUGGGAAAACCUUCCCGAAAUCACAACUCACUGACUCUCAGAGAACUCACCCAAAAGAGAAAUCCAAUGAAUGUGGUAAAACCCCUGUGAAGUCAUCCCUCACUGAUCACCAGAGAAGACAGUCAGAAAAGAAGCUUUAUGUAUGUGAUGAGUGUAAGAAACCUUUUCGUCAUAACUCAGCCCUACGAGUCCAUCAGAGAAUUCACACAGGAGAGAAACCCUAUCAGUGUAAUGAAUGUGGGAAAUCUUUCUAUGCAAAAUCAAACUUCAAUCAUCAUCAAAGAACUCACACAGGGGAGAAACCAUAUGAAUGUAAGGAAUGUGGGAAAUCUUUCUGUGUGAAAUCUAACCUAACUAAACACCAAAAGACACAUACUGGAGAGAAACCUUUCAAAUGUAAUGAAUGUGGGAAGACUUUCUUCCAGAAGUCACAAUUUGCUGACCAUCAGAGAACACACACAGGGGAAAAACCUUAUGGAUGCAAUGAAUGUGGAAAAUCUUUCUACUGUAAGUCAGCCCUAAAUGUACAUCAAGGGAAACAUACAGAAGAGAAACCCUAUAAAUGUACUGAGUGUGGGAAAUCCUUCUGUUAUAAGUCAGCCCUAAUUAUACAUCAGGUAACUCACACAGGUAAGAAACCCUAUGAUUGUAAUGAAUGUGGGAAAGCCUUUUGUGUGAAGUCAAAUCUUACUAAACAUCAGAAAAUUCACACAGGGGAGAAACCCUAUGACUGUAAAGAGUGUGGCAAAUCCUUCUCUAUGAAUUCAAUCCUCAUUGUACAUCAGAGAACUCACACAGGGGAGAAACCUUAUGGAUGCAAUGAAUGUGAGAGGUCCUUCUACAAAAAGUCAGCUCUCACUAAACAUAAGAGAACUCACACAGGGGAGAGGCCACAUGAAUGUAACGAAUGUGGGAAGUCCUUUCAUAUGAAAUCAACCUUAGUUAUACACCAGAGAACUCACACUGGAGAGAAACCUUAUAAAUGUAAUGAAUGUGAAAAGUCAUUCUAUGUGAAGUCACAUCUUAAUAUACAUCAGAGAAAUCACACCGGAAAGAAACCCCAUGUAUGUAAUGAAUGUGGGAAAGCCUUUGCUAUGAAGUCAAACCUUACUGAUCAUCAGAGAACACAUUCACAAGAGAAACCCUAUGAAUGCAAUGAAUGUCAGAAAACUUUUCGCCAUAAGUCAACCCUAACUGUACAUCAGAGAACUCAUACAGGGGAAAAACCCUAUAAAUGUAAUGAAUGUGGGAAGUCCUUUUAUAUGAAAUCAGCCCUCAGUCAACAUCAGAGAAUCCAUACAGGGGAGAAACCCUAUGAAUGUAAAGAAUGUGGGAAAACCUUCUUCCAGAAGUCACACCUUACUAAACAUCAGCGAACACACACAGGGGAGAAACCCUAUGAGUGUAAUGAAUGUGGGAAAACUUUCUUCCAGAAGUCACAUCUCAUUGAACAUCAGAGAACACACACUGGUGAGAAACCCCAUGAGUGUGAUAAGUGUGGCAAAUCCUUUUGUUAUAAGUCGGCCUUAACCAUUCACCAGAGAACUCACAUAGAAGAGAAGCCUUAUAAAUGUAAUGAAUGUGACAAAUCUUUCUGCAUGAAAUCACACCUCACUGUCCAUCAGAGAACUCACACAGGGAAGAACCCUUUCGAAUGUAAUGAAUGUGGGAAAACUUUUUAUGUGAAGUCAAAUCUCAUCAAUCAUCAGAGAACUCACACAAGGGAGAAGCCCUAUGAAUGUAAUAGAUGUGGGAAAUCCUUCUGUAUGAAAUCAACCCUCACAGUGCACCAACGAACUCAUACAGGGGAGAAACCCUAUGAAUGUAAUGAAUGUGGGAAAACCUUCUGCAAGAAGUCAACUCUUACUAGUCAUCAGAUAAUUCACACAAGAGUGAUACUCUAAAUUCUAACAAAUGUGGAAAAUCCUCCCGUGUGAAGUCAAACUUUACCACACCAGAGAAAACUCUUUGGAAAAAACCUUAUAAAUGUAAUAAUGUGGAAAACUCCUUUUGUGUAAAUUUAGUCCUUAGUUGGCAUCAGAAAAUACACAAGUGGUAGGGGCUGGCGGGCUCUCCAUGAAUGAAAUGAAAAUGGGAAAAUUAUGUCAUCAGACAAAAUAUGAGAGAACUCCAAUGGGGAGUGAUCUCUAAGAACAUCCUGUAUAAUAAUAUCUACCAACAAAUCAAAUACAGUACAUGCUUCAGAGAAAUCACAGGGAAAAACAAUGUGACAAAAGUAUAAAAGCAUUUACAAAGUCACAGCUUACUGCAAAUCAGGUAAUUGUUAUUGGUGUGAAACUAUAUAAAUGUUUUAUGUGUGUGAAUGCCUUUAAGAGAAAAAAAUCAAACAUUAUAUAAACAGAGAAGAUCAAGGAGACAUCUGUCAAUUUAGGAGAUAGAGAUACUUUUUUUCUCUAGAAAUAAUGUAAUAUAAUUCAUGUUUCAGUUGUGCUACCAAAUUUUGAAAAUACAACAAAUAUAUCUAAUGCUAAUGAUAUUCAUUGUUGGACUAUGAAGCCUUUUGAAAAACAUAAGUUGCAGCAUCCAGCUGACAGCAUUAGAUACUUGAGUACCUGAGAUAAGUGUGGCUUACAUACGUUAGUAGGCAACAUACAUAUGUUGUAUAUAUUUGAUUUACAUAGUGGAACUCAAUAUAGUUGUCAGUAGGAAAUGUCUCCCCAUAGCUUAAGCACUGUUAUGACAGGUUUCCUACACUAGAUGCCACCAGUGUUUCUUUGUAUUUUUAUAGUACAAUAUACAUUAUAAGUGACAUGCUCGCCAAACUUGAAGUAUAUAAAAUUAAGUGAGAAAAGAUACAGGGAACUAUAUAGCUUGCUACCUUUUGUGUAUGAAUUAAGGGGAAGUGUGUGUGUGUAUAUGCAUAUACACAUGGACAUAUAUAUAUAAUGUGUGUAUGUACAUAUAUAUGUGUGUGUAUAUAUGUAGCUUAUUUUUACAAAUAAGGAUAAACUACAAAAUGAAGGAUAAACUACAAACCAGAAAAUGAAUACCUGUGGAGAAAGGAAUGAAUAGGGUAGUGGGCCCAAGGAUGGAGGCAAGGCUUCUUUGUAUAUACCUUUUGAUGAAGUUUUGACCUCUGAAUAAAUGAAAUUGAUUUACAUAUUCAAAAAGGAAUGCAGAUUCUGAAAUUAAAAGCAUAGAGAAAUCAGUCUAAGUUUAUAUCAAAUUGGUAACUUAACCACAUAGAAAAAGUCAGUUUUUAAAGAGACCUCUGAACACAGUAUUUUCACUGUACAAUGUUAGUGGGAUGUUUUUCAGGACAAAAAAACUAAAAAAAUGAUAAACGUCACUCAUUAAUUUCCAUGUUAGUAACAUUAGUGUUAUUUUGAAUCCAUUUUGUAUGUUAUAGGUUCAAGCAAAAAUAAAUUGUUAAAGUUAUCAGGAACCAAAAUUUCCAGUUUAAGAGAUGACCAUAAAAAAAUCAAAGUAUUUAUAUAAAAUUCCCCAUAAUGACAAAUAUGACAAUUGAAAAUGUCACUCAUAUAAAAAAAAUAUAUGUACAUUUCCUAGCUCUGUUCACUGAGAGAGCCUAGAAGCAACAACACCCUAUAGUGAAGAGCAAAUUCAGUCCCUAACAAUGCUGCUAAAGGAACCAGGAUUCCUUGGAGAAAUAGCUGGAUUGAGAUCUGAGUCUUGAAGUGUCCAAGGUGAGCCUGGGACCUCCUGGGUCAGAAACCAAGGAAUUACUUAAAGAUUAAUGGGAAUGUGAGAAAGGACACAGAAGCUAGCUAGAAGAGGCUCCCACUGGCCAAAUUUGAGGCACUUUGAUGAUUAAAAAGAGUGACUAAUUGACUGUACAUUUUGAAUAAACAAAAACCAGAGUCCACAGUGAUAUAAAAAAGAGAAAGAGGCUAAAGUCAUUUCUAUUAUUUCUACCAUUAAAGGUGACUGUUAAACAAACUCCUUUGUAACUAGGGGGAAAGAAUUAGGUUUUCAUCCUGCCCUUUUAGUAGGAGCAGUUGUUCAUAUCCAUCAUGGAAAGCUAUUUGUUAUCGAAUAAUGUCAGGCAAUAAAUGCAGAAGGAAUAACAGAAUUUGGAAACUUGCUUAUUUGCAACCCCUAUUGCCUCUAGGCAAAGAUCAUGAAUGAAUGCUAAAAUCACUAGAUGUGAGGGAUAUGGGAUACUUGUUAGUGCCAGAGUAUCUCCCACAGAUACUCAUUGAAACUGGAAAAAAAAGUACCUUAACAAUGGAAUGACUGCCCCACUUUAACCAACUGAUCAAAUGUAACAUUAAUGGUAGUGACAUGUUUCUCUUGAUGAAAUGCAGUGUGAAGUAGUUAUAUCACGUUGGCAGUAUUGUUUUGCCAGAAUAUUAAAUCUGAAUUUAAGCAAGUGUUUAGACUUAACUUUUAGAUUAUAGGAAAUGAAAUACAGGAGACAUAGAAACAACAUCAAUUGAGAAAAUAAAUCAGGCAAAUCCAGAAUAUGGGACAUUUAUAAGCUUCCUGGCUUGGUCUCAUCAAAAAGUCUAUGUCAUUUUUAAAAAGAAAAGGUGGGAGGAUUGUUUUUUAUUAAAGAGACAUAAUUAAAUGCAGUGCAUAGGCCUUGAUUGAAUCCAAAAGACAUUAGGCCCAAUAAGACAUCUCAUAGAUACUUUGGAGGCAGUUGGAGGAAUUUGAGCAUGGAAUGGGUAUUAGAUGACAUUAUGGAAUUAGAGUUCAUUUUAUUAGGUAUGAUAAUUGUUAUGUUAGUGUCUAUUUUAGGACCCACAUGCUGAAUAUAUAGAGAUGAACUGUCAUGAUGUCUGCAGCUUUGAAGGGGUUCAGGAAAAAGAUACAUACAUAGAUAGAUGAAGCAAAAAUGGCAGAAUUUUAGCACAUGUUGAACUUAGUGUUAGGUACGUGGGUAUUCAUUGUGCUUUCUUAAGAGUUUUGUUUGAAAUUUUUUAUAAUAAGUUUUGGAGAAGUACCACACUACUAGUUCUGUCUGUUGUUGCUGAUCUGAUCAUCAAUAAAGAAACCAAACAAUGCC